CGCUCGCAGGCGCGCGGGCGCACGCGGACUCGCACGCACGCGGCAGUGUGUUGAUUGCUGACAUGAAGACUUUUCCGCAUUGAAACAAGCUUGACGUCCUUUUUUUUAACCGCCUUUCUUUUUCUCGUCUGACGCCAACACGGCCAAAUUUGAGGUCGUUAAGGAAGAUUCUGGCCGCAGUUGUUUUGAAUGCACGCGGAGGAAGGAAGAAAGUGAAAAGAGGCGAGGAAAUAUUGAAAGACGCGCCGGUGAAGGCGUUUUUCAUCCGAAAAAGGGACUGCAAGAGUCGCACAAAUGGUCUAUCUGUGGGACGCCAAAUACGACCCCUGCCCCGGCCGGCGCUACACUCCCCCGUCCACCGCCCUGGCCUCGGGGGGCAAGAUGGCUGAGGCUCUUGGUGCCCAGGAGGCCGGGGGCGGAGCUGCCCUGGUGGGCAAGCUGCGCGUGGCCGACCGCGACAUGGUGCUGUCGGAUCAUCCGGGCGAGCUGGUCAAGACGGACAGUCCCAACUUCCUCUGCUCGGUGCUGCCCACACACUGGAGGUGCAACAAAACCCUGCCCAUCGCCUUUAAGGUGGUGGCCCUCGGUGAGGUGCCGGACGGCACCAUGGUGACGGUAAUGGCAGGAAACGACGAGAACUACUCGGCGGAGCUCCGCAAUGCCACGGCCGCGAUUAAAAACCAAGUGGCCCGAUUCAACGACCUGCGCUUCGUCGGACGCAGCGGCAGGGGCAAGAGUUUCACCCUGACCAUCACGGUGUUCACAAACCCGUCGCAGGUGGCCACAUACCAAAGAGCCAUCAAAAUCACAGUGGACGGUCCCAGAGAGCCGCGACGUCAUCGGCAGAAGAUGGAUGACAUCAAGCCCGGCUCGCUGGCCUUCUCCGAGAGGCUGACAGAGCUGGAGCAGCUGAGACGGAGCUCCAUGAGAGUGACUCCGCCGCACCAUCCUCAUCCUCAUCACCACCAUCAGCACCAUCAUCACCACCACCAUCAUCAUCAACAACACCAGCCCUCCGGCUGCAACACGCGUCAGUCGUCGGCAGCGGCCGCCUUGCACUCAGCCACGUUCUCCAGCCCCGCGCACACCCAGAUGGCGAAUGAAGCCCGACAGAUGCAGUCAUCUCCAUCGUGGUCCUACGAUCAAUCCUAUCCCUACCUUGGCCAGAUCGCCACACCUGGCAUCCACUCGACCAAUCCCCUGUCACCGAGUCGCUCGUCGCUAGGCGACCUGACCUCGCGUCUUACAGGUCCUGACCUGACUGCAUUCAGUGACCCCAGAAUGACCUUGGAGAGAUCUUUCACCUCCGUUCCCUCCUUGCCAGAUACCCGAUUUUCUGACCCACGCGUUCAUUACCCUCCCACGGCUGCCGCAUUUACCUACACCCCCCCGCACAAUCCCCACUCCAAUGGCGCCCUCGGGAUCACCAUGGCGACGGCGAUGGCGACCGCACCUGCCGGAAGGUAUCACACAUACCUCCCGCCUCCGUACCAGGCAAAUACGCCGCACCAGGGCCAAAACAGGCCCUUCCAGUCCACCUCGUCGCCGUAUCACGUGUACUACUCCACGGCUGCGGGCUCGUACCAGUUCUCCAUGAUGGCCGGGGGCGGCGACUCGCGCUCCCCGCCAAGAAUCCUUCCACCUUGCACGAACGCCUCGACGGGCUCGCCGCUCCUGCACCCGUCGUUGCCCACUCAGAACGAGGGCGUAGCUGUGGAGGUGGAGUCCAGCCACAGCAGCUCCCCGGCAAAUAUCGAGGCUGUGUGGCGGCCUUAUUGACUGAUGGGAGUCCAAAAAACAUUUUCAUUAUCCGCCAUCCGGCUUUGGCGAGCAUCGGUACACUUUUGAUUGUCCAGGAAAGGUCGACAGUAUUUGUACAUUUUUAUUUUUUAACUGAUCUUCUGGAGGAUUAUACGUAGUCCCGCUGGAUUACUAUUUUAUUGUAGCUAAUGUGUGACUGGGCAACACGGUGAUGGAGUGGUUUGGAUGUCUGCCUCAUAGUUCUGAGCUUAGGGGUUCAGGCCUUGUGUGGACCUUGCAUGUUCUCUCUACGCUUACCGAGUUUUCUUCCGGAUAGUCCGACUUUCUCCCACAAUCCCAAAACAUGCAUGUGCGGUUCAUUUAAAAAUCACAAGUGUGAAUAGUUCACCUGGAAAUUGUUUUGUUACAAAUAAUGUUAUCUUGUAAGUUCUGUGACAGAUUCACAUGUAGA